AUGAUCGGGUUGUCGUGGCGCGCUCUCGAUUUUGUUUCCUAUCUAAAUGUCCCCUCCGCCCUAGGAUACCGCUUCCACCAGUCCCCGAAACUAUUGCACAAUCACCGGACUUACCGAGUUUUCCGACAGUGGAGUUGAUCGUAGGUGGAGUGUGAAGGAUUGGCGCGAGAAAUUCGUAUCGCCAUGACGCCGGCGGAGACAGCUAUCGACACCACAAGCAGGGUCUGCGAGACAAAUAGCGGGUACCUUUGGUACAUCUGUACAUGGACGACUCCAUUCUAUAGCGGCUGCUGCCGUGUCAAUCCUUGCCAAAAUACCCCUAUCGGCUGCCCUCCUCAGGCUCGCGGCCAUUCUGACAGCAGCACUGCAUACAUAUCGGUCACCAAGACAUUGACUGUGACUAGAGCAGUGACCUCGACUUCACUAUCGCCAUCCUCAACCUCACUCUCACCAUCCCCAUUCUCCUCAACAUCAACACCGGUUCCAGGUGCAAGCGCACCAUCACCACCCACCAUCUCUUCCACGUCAACCGCCAACAUUGACCAAGGCAGUGGCGAUGGGUUGAGCAUCCCGAUCAAUACCCUCGCCGGCAUCGUGGUUGGUUGCGGUAUUGUCGUCAUAUUUGUCGCGCUUGUCGCAUGCAUGUGGUGGGGCCGACGGCGGCGGAAGAAAAGGGAGAGAAGCGAUCACACGGAGAGGCUUCCCUCUUCAAGAGGGCUGGGUGACGAACAGAUCCCGCCAGGGUUGGAGUCUAUUUUCAAUCCCAUGGCACACAGCGGUCCUGGCAGUGUCUUUGAUCGAACAGAAGGACGGAUGGCAAAAGCGGACAGCAUGCUGGGCUUCAGUCCGCUCACCCAUGGCCCGCUCACCCAUGGCCCUCGCCGGAGCACAGUGAGGCAUGGUGCACACAGCGGCAUUGUUAGCCCUCUCACGCCCGGCAGCUCAUGGGGAUCAGGACUCCCGUCAAGCCCUUCAGAGCCUGACUCAACCUUGGUCCAUGGAGACGUGACUAAGUCAGGGGAAGGAAACGAAGGAGCCAAGCCCGGCUCCGAACCUGAAGUGAAGGAGGCAGAUGCUGUGCCGAGGGCGACACUCAAUUCGACGGAGCAAGAGCGAGAAACUAGAACUUACGUGAACAGCUGGACAAGGUUCCAGAAUGUACAGCUGUAGGGGCUGGCCAAGGGAAGCGGUGGAUUGCGGUUUGUGACUGGUUUUCAUGUAUUUGUGGAGGGGGGUUGUUCCAGGAGAAGAUGGGGAUGUUAGGGUCAUGUUCGGUAUGAUACCAUAGAAGGCGGCGUU